GCCUUUAUUCUCAUGACUGACGUAAAGAAGGACACCAAGAAGGCCGAGGAUGUCGUUGCCCAGACUGACGAGGCUCAGGUUGGGAUCGUGAUCAAGGUUAUUGGUCGCACCGGCUCCCGCGGCAACGUGACUCAGGUUCGCGUUCGUCUCAUGGCUCCCGCUGGUUCUCCUGAUGCGAACCGCACAAUCGUGCGCAACGUGAAGGGCCCAUGCAAGGAGAACGACAUGCUAUCCCUCAUGGAAACUGAACGUGAGGCCCGCCGCUUGAACUAAAGGCACACUGCUUCCUUGAAUUUAAGGCAAUUUUUCGCUACGUUUUAUUUAGGAUUUGACUAAAAAUAUGAAUUCGCCAUAAGCGUUU